AUGUGCCCAUGGUGUAAUGUCGUGGAGGAAACGAAAGGCCAUGCCAUAUUCGAUUGUAGCCGGGUUCGAGACUUGUGGGUUGAUAGUGGAUGUUUGGAGAUGACUGACUGGAGGAGCGUUGGUACCAUGUGUGAUUUGGUGGCCACUUGGAAGCAACUUAAGCCUGAAAUUCAGCAGCGAGGAGCCAUAUUGGCCUGGUGUGUGUGGAACGAGCGCAACCAGAAAAUGUUCGAGAACAAAACUUGCCCAAACGCUGUCAUCACUACUCGUGUGGCACGGCUGGUAGAGGAACAAGGUCUGUAUGCGGCCUGCAUCUAUACACAACCUUCGUUUGCCCAACGCCGAAGCCCGAAUAAGUGGAUUGCUCCCCCUCAAGGUGUAGUUAAAAUCAAUGCUGAUGCAUCUAUGGUCACGGAUGGCUGGGUGGGUGUUGGUAUAGUUGCAAGGGACCACACUGGAGCAGUUCUUUUCUCAGCAGUACGUAGGACACGAGCCUACUGGCCUGUUGAAAUAGCAGAGGGCAAAGCUGUUGCUGUAGCAGUUAAUUAG